AUGAUCUUUUCCAGUAAACGUUCUCCUAUUCUUCAUCCACAUUCUCUAGGCUAUUCCUCUCACACUUGUGUUAAUGGGAUCAAAGAUCUUGGUUCUCAUUUACCUUCAACCCUCUCCUUCGGACACCAUGUCGAUGUUACUGUUGGACGUGCUCUAAAAAUCCUUGAGUUCGUAAAGCGCAAUUCUUCUCUUUUCUCCUCUGCCUCUUAUCUUCGUGCUUUAUAUUUCUGCCUGGUGCGGUCGAUCCAAGAGCACGGGAUCACC